AUGCUGGGGCCCGGGCCCAUGCCUGCUGCUGAACCACCGGGAGAAGCUGCUGCAGCAACAGCAGCAGCAACAGCAGCAGCAACAGCAGCAGCAACAGCAGCAGCAGGUCAGGAACCUUAUCCUUCAGCUUUGCCAACUGCCACGGCUUCACCGCGCCUUAGCAAGCGAUCAACACCUGAAAAUGAGGGUCCAGUGCCCAGCAGCAGCAGCAGCAGCAGCAGCAGUAGAAGCAGCAGCAGCAGCAGCAGCAGCAAGCUUGUUGGCAGCAGCAACAGCAGGCUGCUUAGCAGCACAAACACCUGCCGCGUCCCGAUUUUGCUUAAGGGAGACGCAGACUGCUUCGUUGCUGUCAAUGUGGGGGGCCUAGUGGCCGUGCCUUCUCUUGAGCAGCAGCAGCAGCAGCAGCAGCAGAAACAGCAGCAGCAGCAGCAGCAGCAACAGCACGCCGCUUGCUGCUGCUGCUCAGAGGCCAGAGGAGACCCCAGAGCUGCAGCAUUUUUAGUUACUGCAACUCUCUUUGUAGACGGACGCAGAGCAGCACCCCCAUGCCUGCUGCUGCCUCCCAUGCAACAGCAGCAGCAGCAGCAGCAACAGCAGCAGCAGCAGCAGCAGGGCGCAUGCAGUGCAGCGGAAGUGCAGCACGCUGAAGCAAUCACCAGUGAAAAGCAGCUGCAGCUCUGGCCUCUCCCCUGCCUCCACAGCUUGAUUGGUUUAUCUUCCUGUUCUGCUGCUGCUGCUGUUGCUGCUCCUGCUGCUGCUGCUGAUCCAGCAGCUACUGCAGCAUCCACUGCUGCUGCCGAUCCACUGCAGCGUAGCGACCGAAAGGACGCAGCAACAGCAGCAGCAGAAGCAGCAGGACCUGCUGCUGCUGCUGCAGCAGAAAUAUCAUGCAAACAGCCGGCUAGUCAGAUCGCCAAAGAUGCGGUAGGGGAGGAAACAAGCAGCAGCAGCAACGGCAGCAGCAGCAGCAACAGCAGCAGCAGCAGCAGGUGCUGCUGCACGCACUGCGGGGUGAACUAUAUCUCGUUGCAGCAGCUGCUGCGGCUGCCUGUGAAGAUAUCUGCAUUGCCGUUAAAUGCUUUGCUGCUGUUUGGAGUGUACGUACAUGAUGGCCUAUCUGCUGCUGCUGCUGCAGGUGCACCCUUAGCAGCAGCAGCAGCAGCAGGAGCAACAGCAGCAGAGAUCGCAGCAGCAGGAGACGGCUGGAGACUCUUUGGUGUUGCUUUAAUGCCUCUUCAUGAUGCUGCUGCAUGCGUGAAGCAAGGGAGGCACUUGCUGCCAAUCCACUUGCUGCAGCACUACCUGCCGCUGCUCCCCCUCAGCAGCAGCAGCAGCAGCAGCAGCAGCAGCGUGCAGCUGCAAAGCCACCUCCAACAGCAGCAGGCGCUUGCAGCUCUUAGAGAUGCCACGCUGCCUCUGUCGCUGCAGCGGCUGCAGUGCAGCCCCCCAGAUGCAGCAGCAGCAACAACAACAACUGCUGCAUCAACGACAGCAGCAGCAGCAGAGUCAUUUGGCUGGACAGCAGAGACCGUGUUGUCGCUGCUGUGCUCCCCGAGUGGAGUGGCAGCAGGAGAGCAGCAGCAGCAACGGAAGCAGCAGCAGCAGCAGCAGCAGCAGCUGGAGCAGCAGCAGCAACUGCUGCUUGAGAGAGUAGAGAUCGAAGCAGCAGCAGUUCGCUGCUGCCGGCUGCUGCACUUGCUGCAGUGUGGGGUGGUCCCUCCUGCUGCAGAGGCGCUGGAUGCAGCAGCACAGCAGCAGCUGCAGCAGCAGCUACAGCAGCACCUGCUGCUGCUGCAGCAGCUCGCCCAAGCAGACUAUGAGGAGGCGUGGCUUCAUAUUGCUUCUGCAGCAGCAGGCCCAGGAGCGGCUGCCCCAGCAGCAGCAGCAGCAGCAACACCAUCAUCAUCAUCAUCAGCAGCAGCAGCAUCAGCAACAGCAACAGCAGCAGCAGCAGCAGCUCGCGUGCCUUUUGGGGGUUUUCUUUACGUUGAGGUUCCUUCUUAUGGUUUGCCGCUGCUGCACGGGGAGCUGCGUUUGCUUCGUUCUGGUGCUGCUGCAGCACUCGGCUCAGCAGCAGCAGGGCUGCAGCAGCAGCGACAGCCACCGCUGCUGCUGCAGCAGCCUGCUGCUCUUGGCAGCAAAAUGCCUCUUCCUCUCUUUUACCCACCACGAAUAAACAAAGCGCAUGCAGCACCCCCUGUAGCUCCUGUGGAAGCAGCAAAGCUGCUGCUGCUGCAGCAGCAGCAGCAACAGCAAGAGGAGCUGCUGCAAAAGCGGCAGCAGCAGAGAGCAGAACUGCUGCUGCAGCAGCGGCUCCAACCCAAACAACCAGAAGCAGCUGCUGCACCACGCCAACCCGCAGCAGCAGCAGCAACGCCAGGUGCUGGAGCAUCAGGCACAGCGACGGCAGACUCAGAAGCGGCAGCAGCAGCAGCAGCAGCAGCAGCAGCGAGUCCUGCUCCGCGUAACUGGAUGAGCAGGACUUGGGGCAUUGCUCCUCUGGCUCCGGUUAGCGCAGCAGCAGCAACAACAGCAGCACAAGCAGCAGCAACAGCAGCAGCACCAGCAGCAGGAUAUGAACGACAGGCUGACUAUGCAGUUGCAGAGAGCAAGGAGGGGUACCAGCGACAACCAGGAGCAGCAGAUGCGCGCGAAGCAGCAGAAACAGCAGCAGCACAAGCAGCAACAGGGGCGGCCGCUGUAGGCCUUGACGGUGCAGCAGAAGGCUCCGCUGCUGCUGCUGCUGCUGCUGCUGUAGGCGCCGCAGAAGGAGCAGCAGGUGCCGCAGGGGACCUAUUGGCAGCGGGCCCGCCGGAUGAAGAAGGCACGCAGCAGCAGCAGCAGCAGCAGCAGCAGCAACAGGACGAGCAGCAGCAGCGCAGUUGGAAGCUGCUGCUGCGCAACCCAUCUGUUGCAGAGCGGCUGCAGCGGCGGCUGCUGCUGCACGAUGCCUCUUGGGGUGUCACUCAUCCGGCUGCAGCACGGGCUGUACAGGCACCUCUUCACAGCUCUUCCUGCGCAGUGCCUAAGGAAGAACGUACUCUACUAUGGGCAUACAGGUUUGCUGCUGCUGCUGCUGCUGCUGAUGCUGCUGCUGCUGCUCUUGAUACUGCUCUUGCUAUUGCUCUUGCUAUUCCUCUUGCUGCUACUCCCGCUGAUGGUGCUUUUGCUCCUGCUGCUUCUUCAGCUGCUUCGGCUGCUGCUGCUGUUCCUGCUGCUGCUGCUUGUGGCUUUGCUUCUGCUGGUGUUGCUGCGGCUUCUCUUGCGCUGCCACUGCAGUCUUUCGUUGCUCUUCCCGUUGCUGCUGCUGCUGCUGCGUUUGUUUGCUGCUGCUGCAGACAUCAGUUGCUGCGGACCCCGUUCGCAUUGCCUAGGCUGCUUCAGAUUGUCGAUUGGAGCAGCAGCAGCAGUGGCAGCAGCCCUCAGCAGCAGCAGCAGCAGCGGCAGCAGCAGCAGGAGGCGCUGGAGCUGCUGCAAGAAGUAGAUGCUUCUCUUUUGUGCGUUGAGGACAUCCUGGGUUUGCUGCUCUUUUCGACAGAAGUAGAGCCAGCAGCAGCAGCAGCAGCAGCAGCAGCAGCAGCGGCAGCAGCGGGAGGCGGCCAUGGCCCUGCAGCGGGUCCCAGUGUUGCUGAAGCGCCCAGCAGCAGCAGCAGCAGCAGCAGCAGCAUUGCUGCAGCAGUGCAUGCAAAAGUCAAGCAGCUAGCAGCACAGGGCAUUGAUGCUGCACCUGAGGAGGAGGUUCUUUUCUUUAUGCAGCAGCUCGUACAACUCAUUAGGACAGACCAGCACGUGUGCUGCAGCGGUGGCCGUUUAUCUGCUGCUCUCAUUCGCCGCUGCGCAGCAAAUUUGUCUCUGGCUCUCAGCUUUUAUUGGCUGCUGCAGGCAGGGAAGGAACAUUCGGCAGACGGCCAUUUGUAUGUGCGGGCGGAGCAGCGCUUCCUCGACUGUCUCCGCAGAAGGAGACGCCGUCUAUACACCUCAGCAGCACCUCACCACAAGCAGCAGCAGCAGCAGCAACAGCAGCAGCUGCACCCCCGUGUGCGGCAGCAGGCCGAAACAGCGGAUAAUAUCCUGCGGCUUCUUGAGAGACAGCGGCUGUGCCGGGAUGGCUUUCGGUCUCUGCUUCCGCUGGUGGAGCAGCAAGAAGGUGCAGACCUGCCGCAGCAGCAGCAGCAGCAGCAGCAGCUGUUGCUGCUGCAGAAGAGUGAUGAAGGCUCGCUUGAAAGGGAAGCUGUGGAGGCGGAUGGGGAGCAUACUCAGACACAAGUUGCUGCUGCAGUUGCUGCAGCAGCAGCAGCAACAGAAAAUGCAGAAACAGCAGGGGUCCCCGCAGCAGCAGCUUCUGGAGGCGCAGGUGCUGGAGCAGCAGCAGCAGCAGCAGCAGCAGCAGAUGGUGGGGUGGCUGCUGCUGAGGGGGUCUCCGUUGUCGAGAGUUUGCUGCAGGCCUGUGUGGGGGGGCCGCAAUCUGCAGCAGAGGCAGCAGCAACAGCAGCAGCAGCAGCAGCAGCAGCAGAAUACGGUAUUCCUCUGCCGUUUGAUUCUUCUUCUGUGCUGCUGCAUAUUGUUGCUGAAGAUUGCUACGUAAUGAAGAGCAGCCAGUACCCAUUAGUAAUAAGGGGUCUUAUAUAUCAGCAGCAGCAGCAGCAGCACCCGCAGCAGCACCCACAGCAGCAGCAGCACCCGCAGCAGCAGCAGCAGCAGCAGCAGCAAGGGGCCCUUAGGCUGCAGCGCUUCCUCUAUAAAGCUGAUGAUGACUUGCGACAAGAUGUUUUGAUGCUGCAGUUAAUUUCGUACAUGGAUCGUGUGCUGCGCCUCUACGGCUUAGACUUAAAACUCACUCCCUACAAGGUUGUUGCUUUUUCUGCUUCUGACGGGAUGAUAGAGUUCUUGGAAGGCUGCGUCUCCUUCGCUCAAAUUAAAAGAGAAAAUAAAUCGCUGCUCUCCUACCUGGAGUCCCUCAGCAGCAGCAGCAGCAGCAGCAGCAGCAGCAGCAGCAGCAGCAGCAGCAGCAAUAGCAACAGCAACAACAACAACAGCAGCAACAGCAGCAACACCACCAACAACAGCAACAGCAGCACCAACAGCAGCAGCAGCAGCAGCAACAGCAGCAGCAGCACCAACAGCAGCAGCAGCAGCAGCAACAGCAGCAGCAGCAGCAGCAGCAAGGAGGAGUUGAAGAGAAAUUUUCUUGCUUCUUGUGCUGGGUACUGCGUCGUAACAUAUUUGCUGGGGAUCGGGGAUCGGCACCUCGACAAUUUGCUGCUAAACACAGACGGAAAGAUGCUGCAUAUUGACUUUGGGUUUAUCUUAGGAGAAGACCCUAAGCCGUUUGCUCCAGCGAUGAAGAUAUGCAAGGAAAUGAUAGAAGUUGUGGGGUCCUUGAACUCUGCUGAGUUUUCUUACUUUCUUCAUUUAUGUUGUUUAUCUUUUAAGUAUUUGAGACUGCAUGCACAUCCGAUCUGCCUUUUGUUGGAGUGUAUGACCACCUCAACGCUAAAAGACAUCGUUAAAAACCUCGUCAGAAUACCCGAAAAACAGCAGCAGCAGCAGCAGCAGCAGCAGCAGCAGCAGCAAGUGCAGCAAAUGCAGCAAGUGCAGCAGCCGAAGGUUAACGGGACGUCGCCGCCGCUUGUUGCGGAAAUUGCUGCUGCUGCUGCUCCUGCUGCUGCUGGUUCUCCUCCUGCUGCUGCUCUAGCAGCAGAUAUUUCCUCUGGAGCUGCUGCUGCCCUGCAGCAGCAGCAACAGCAGCAGCAAACGCAGCAGCAAGUGCAGCAGCAGACGGUACGUGCUGCACCGCCAGUAGGGGUCCGGCCCCCAGAAUAUAACGGGGAGGCUUCAACAGCAACAGCAGCAGCAGCAGCAGCAGCAAAUGCAACAGCAGCAAGUGCAGCAGCAGCAGCAGCAGCACGAUCGGGAGGAAGUUGGGCUCCUAGUUUGCUGGGCACAGCAACAACUGCUGCAUGCAGUCCGUCUCCUGCUGCAGCCCCUGCACCCCCCACCGCCAGCAGCAACAGCAACAGCAGCAGCAGCAGCAGCAGCAGCAGCAGCAGUGGGUGCCGUGUGGUUUGUUCAGCUAUGGAGAGACUUAAGCGACGCUUCUUUCUUAAUUACUCUGACGAAGAAGCAGAAGCAGCUCUCGUGUCUGUUAUUUUAAACUCUGCAGGCUCUCUUCUACCUGCUGUCGUCGACAGACUUCAUGAGUGGGCUCUCUACUGGAAGUAA